AUGGCUCAUCCGAAGCCAAUUGGCGAGCAAAUGGCCGCUCUCAACACCUCCGACGACACAUCUUUCGCCGCCGAUCGAUCAAACGGCGUUUUGAAUGCGACGUGUCCGGCGAGAAUUCAGAAUACAUCAUUCGGACGGAACAACAUGUCACUCAACGAGUCAACGGCAUCGUCUUCCGGUGGAAAAUGGUUGAAACCGAAGCGUGAGGCACUCAAAUCACUCCAUUGGCACAAAUUGAUGAGAAUCCGCCAGUCACAAGGAAAUACGUGGCGCCGAGGGAGAAAGUAA